UAAAUUUUAUUAUAGAAAUUGUUGACAUUGAAGAAAAAAUAGCAACAUGUUUAAUUUGUUAAUAAAAUGCACAAAUAUGAAAGUCUGAAAAUGGCAGAGAGACAAGCUAUGUGGUCAGAUUCUGUAGGAGGGGGUGAUGUUAAUAAAACAACCCAUCCAUCAACUGAUAUUGAUACAUCAAGCAUAAGUUUCCCAAAAGAUGAGUUAAGAGGAGAAUCACAAGAUGACAACACAAGCAAUGCUAGUAUGACAGAUGUAGACAACAGUAUGGAAAGCUCUGAUCACUUCAUAGGCUUAGAUGAUGACACAAUCAUGCAAGCAGUUGUCUAUAUUGAAGAUGCUUAUAAAUACAGAACAAUCGACCACAAAGUGGGACCCAAGCAUCUCCAGAUAUACCGCAAGUAUCAGUCAUGGCCAGUCAUUGUGUUUCGCUUCAUUGUGAUAUUUCUCUUGCACAUGCUGGCUUUUAUUGAACAUCCAUCAUCUCUCACAUUGACCUCUGACCUGCGAACUAGAGGAACUAGGACAUCUGUUCCUUGUUGGGUUACACAGUGCUUAGAAUUUAUCUGUUUAUUUUUGCUACUAGCAGACAACUGUCUCAAGUUUUAUUUAGCUGGCCGGUACUACUUUCUGAGACAGAAAUGGAACAUGGCUGCCCUGUUUAUUGUGUCUAUUUCUUUCAUCGACUGGACUGUGUCCUUUGGAAUGCUGUGCCAUGAGCCUGUUAGGUUUCGUCGUCUGCUGCGGCCAUUUUUUAUUUUUCAAAAUUCUUCAUUGAUGAAGAAAAUUGUAAGAUGUUUGAAAAGGACUCUACCCGAAGUUAUCAGUGUGUUGCUACUGUUGGCCUUACAUAUUAUUGUAUUUACUAUGUUUGCUAUGCUGCUGUUUCCUGUAUAUGAGAUAAAAGAGUAUAACAUUACCCAACCUUCUACAUUCAAUGGUUCAGCAUCCACAGCAUCACCUCCACCUGCUGAUGAAGGCACUCGCUACUUUUACUCACUGCUGGAAUCUCUUCUCAGCUUGUUAGUGCUUCUGACCACAGCCAAUCAUCCAGAUGUAACACUUCCUGCUUACAGUAGGAAUAGACUUGCAUCCAUUUUUUUCAUAUUGUACCUUCUAAUUGGUUUGUAUUUUUUAAUGAACAUGCUGCUUGCAAUUAUCUACAACCAGUUUCGAGGAUAUUUCCUGAACUCAAUGCAAAGUAGUCUCAUUCGGAGGAGACUUGGUGUUCGUGCAGCCUUUGAAGUUUUGAGAAGAAAGCAAUUUCCAUCAUUAGUUGGGUUCAGAGUAUCCCAGAAUUCUCUUAGUAUUGGCAUUGGCGGCAUGGUUAUCAAAACAUUGGUAGACAAAAGCUUGCUUCCGCAGCAUGUAAAAGACUCUAUUAUAGAAAAGUUGAAAGACAAAGAAAACCACAUUUUUUCCCCAUCUCAGUUUCAAAAUAUAUUUUAUAGUAUGGAUGAGAAUGUGGUUCAUAAACAGCUUCCUGCAGUACGAUGGUUUAAUCAGCGGAAGUGGAGGGUGCUCCAACAUAUUUUCAUCCAUCGAUUUUUCACCUACUUUGGCAUGCUCAUGGCUUUUAUAAAUCUCAUUAUCAUUACAAUUCAACUUGGAGCCAAGUAUGACAGCUCAUUUAGAGAAAAUCAUUCCACAUUGCGAAUUGUCAACUUCAGUUUUGUUAUGUACUACACACUGGAACAAGCUGUCAAGAUCUGGGCCUUUGGUUGGCGCAGAUAUAUUUCAGACAAAGGAAAUAUUUUUGAUGCUGUCAUUACUAUAGCCCUAGUUAUUGGAGAAACAGUUUCUGCAAUUAUGUAUGGCAUCCCAUACUUUCCCAGCUCAAAGGAGUUGUCAGCAGGGAGUAGCAGUACCACAAUGUGGAACAUCUUGCGCAUGGUAAACAUUCUCAUCAUGGUGCGCAUGUUUAAAGUCAUCCCUCAUGUCAAUUCAAUGUCACUGGUUGUGACUGUCUUGAUAGAUAUGCUGAGGAACAUGAUGGCAUUUGCUGGAAUUUUAAUUGCCAUAUUUUACGUCUUUGCUAUAUUUGGGAUGCAGUUGUAUGAAGGAGUAAUCAAAUAUGAGCCAGAUUUUGUUAACAAAACUUUUCCAUGUGGUACAUAUGAGCAGUUGAACUAUUGGGCCAAUAAUUUUGACGAUUUCUUUUCCUCCAUUAUUAUUCUGUGGGAUGUAAUGGUAGUCAACAAUUGGAUGAUUUUUCUUCAAGUCUUUCGAGACAGAACAUCUCCUUGGUCCUACCUGUACUUUGUGGCUUGGUGGCUGAUAUCUGUAAUUAUAGUCCUUAAUCUGUUUACUGCUCUAAUUAUGGAGAAUUUCAUUAUGAAAUGGGAUAGACGUCGACGUGUGAUGCAGACAGAAGUUGAUGGCCUAUAUACUUAUGAACAUUUGACAGUAUCUGUACAGCUGAACAGUUUUCACAACAUGUUCAAAGGUUUGCUUGAAGAGCCAAGUGAAAGUGAACUAUUGUUGUUGCUAGACAAACAUAAGUACCUUGACAGAAGCUCCUUAUAAGGUUUCAAUAUUAUAGCAGACAUUACAGUUUCAUUUCAAGAAAAGCAAUGUUUUAUCCAAGGAGAAUAUAGUUUUUCACAUUUUAACAUACUUAAGAACCAAAGAAAGAAUUGUUUUGAAAAAAGGUUAAGCUGGUGCUAAUUUGAAAAAUAGUAAUAUGUGUACAUAUAAUUAUAUAUUAUAAUGUUAUAACUAUACAUUCUUAAUGAGAUCAAAAAUCUGAAUUGACAAUAGUUAUUAUUUUUGUAACUGUUUAUAAAAUAUUUACUUCUGUUUUAAAUAUACUGGGUAAUAUAAAAUGUUACCCCCUGUACUUUUGUGAUGUAACAAAAUUGACAUUGUCUAACAUCUUUGUUGAUACUCAAUAUGUUGUAUUGUUAUUGUUCCAGGUAGGCUACUAGCUAGACAAACUUAAUAAAACAAACCAUUCAACACAAACCAUUUUCAACACACCUUAAACCUCUUUUGCCUGUAAGGUUUCUUUAGCCUUUCUUAGAAUUCUCCUUUUUUUGUAACACAGUAAGUGUCGAAAUCAUUCUGUUGUCUAGUUUAAAUUAAAAAUUUUAAGAAAUUUGUUCCCACAAAAAUCCACAUUUUCUUUCAGGUUAGUGACCCUUCAUGAUAAAAUGAGUUGCUAUGUUUAGCUAGAGCUGAAAAUAUGAGUCUAUCAAAUUUUGGGAUUUUGACUAUUUCUAAUUAUCUUUUCACUCAUGGGCACUCUUUGUGAUGGGAGUUUUGAAAAAGUUUAACUUAGUAUUUAAAUUGUCUUUAGAAAGUUGCAAACUAGGCCUAACAUGCCAGAGGGAAUAAUUUUAAUUUUAUCAAAAACAAAUUGUGAAUAUAGUUAACUAAACUAUCAUUGAGUAACUAUUUGUCCAACGCAAUCAGCAUCAAAAGUGUUUAAGGCUUUAGGGCUGAAUAAAAAUUAAAACCAACCAUACUGUAAAAUAUGGUUAUGUGGGUUUUUUUAUUUUUACAUAGCAACUCAGGUUAAAAUAAUCCAAGUUGCAUACUAAUGUCAAACUCCUAGAGAUACUCCAUUGCUGGUCAUUCUAUUCACAGACAUACAUUAUUCUAGUUUAUUGAAUGGUUGUUGUCUUUAUUCAAGUUUUGAGAAAAUUUAGCUCAGUGUUCUGCUUCUACAUUUGGUUGGUUUCUAUUUUAAACAACCAGUCUCAUUUUUUAUUUAACUUCACCUUUACUAAUUAGUUUGCUUGUCAGAUGUUGACUAAUUAUCUGGCUGUUUCUAGUAUGGUCUUCUCUAGAUUGUUUCCGUUUUUAGCUUUAUUGAUAUCUAGCAUUUAUUUUUCUUUCCAUGUACUAUUUAAAAUGCAAUAUGUAGGCCUACUUAAACUUUGAAUGUAACAUACACAUAUUCAUAUUUAAAAUGUAUGUUCCAAAAGAAAUAGCAAAGAUAAAUUUCAAGGUCGUGUAAGUUUAUCACACAUUUUUAAAAUUUGGACAAUAUCAAUGCUUUUAUUUACAAACUGGUACAUCAUUCUUUUAUUAUUAUACAAAAACUAAUGAUAUUAUUUAAGGAUUUUUGUAUAUGUAAGCUGCUAUUUUGAUGAUGGAAACUACAAUUAAAUGCAGUAAACAUGAAUUACGUAUUUUUUAAUACCACUUAAACACUAACCUGUGAUACAUUCUACCCUUCCACCAUUUUUGUUAAAUAAAGAGUUGAAUCAAAUUUUAAUUGGAUAAGUGUAUAACUAUGUUCCUAUAAGUAAUAACAAGCAUCCCUCAUGAAAGCUUUUUACAGCAUUGCUUUGGGAAGUGGCAGUCUGUCCUAAAAUAUUAUGGUGGUUAAGACUUUUUUU